UGGAAUUUUGGUGAGCGCAGUAAGAAAUAGGCCCGCGCAAUUUUACUUAUUGCGUUACCCUUAUAUUACUUCACCUACAAUUAAUCGUAAUGGAUCAGAAUAUUAAUUUGAAUUCCUUAACACCUGCACAAAAAGGACAGCUAAUGGAACAAAUGAAAGCUGAAGUUGCUUUGGCAAGCGCCAGAGAGUUAUUGGAAAAAAUGUCGGAUAAAUGUUUUGAAAAGUGUGUUUCCAAACCAGGAACAAGUUUAGAUAACUCUGAACAGGUAACGUUAAACUUUCUUACAUUACUAAGUGGAUAGAAAUGUGUAGGUCUGUGCAUGGAUCGCUAUGUAGAAGCCUGGAAUUUAGUCUCUAAAGUAUUUGCAGCACGUAUAAGACGGGAAGCUGAAAAGUUGUAAAAAUAUACUUUAGUCUCUUCAAAACAUAUUCUGUACAUAGUAUUUUAGAUAUAAACAUGCUUUUAUACUGAAAACACUUGUUUUAUAAAAUUCUAACUCUUACCAAAUAGCCCUGAGUGUAUAAAGUAAACGCUUCAUGCAUAUCUUGAUUUCAAGGAGACCUUCAAGUAAAUUUUAU